AGAAGCAGGGCAAGGGCUUCUUCGUGUUUCCCAAGCAUUGGUGCCAGAUCGUGAAGACUCGAAGGAGGCCAGGAGGAUCUCGCCUCUUUCCUAACAAGCCCCUUUCUCUCCGAUGGGGAGAUGCCAGACAGCUGGAAUACAUCUUCAGACAGCGUAGAAGCACGAACUGCAGGCAUUAUUGUGCCGGUGGUCUUCUCCCUCAUCUUCUUCGUGGGCACAGUAGGGAACGGCUUGGUGCUGGCUGUGCUGCUGCGCAAUGGACAGGUGAAAUACAACACCACCAACCUGUUCAUCCUUAACCUGGCGGUGGCGGACCUGUGCUUCAUUGUCUUCUGUGUCCCCUUCCAGGCCACCAUCUACACGCUGGAUGGAUGGCUCUUUGGUGCCUUUGCCUGCAAGGCAGUGCACUUUCUCAUCUACCUCACCAUGUAUGCCAGCAGUUUCACCCUGGCAGCCGUCUCUGUGGACAGGUAUCUGGCUAUCCGUUACCCCCUGAAAUCCCGGGAUCUCCGGACCUCUCGCAAUGCAGCUCUUGCCAUUGUAAUGAUCUGGAUGCUGUCGCUGCUUUUUGCAGGGCCGUAUAUCAGCUACUACCAAAUAGUCCACUACCAGGAGGUGCCCAUCUGUGUCCCUAUCUGGGAGGACCAGCGCCGCAAGAUCUUGGACAUCCUCACCUUCGUAUUUGGCUAUGUCCUCCCAGUCUUUGUUGUCAGCCUGGCUUAUGCUAGGACCAUUAAGUUCUUGUGGACUGCUGUAGAUCCCAUUGAGAGGAUCUCGGAGUCCCGUAAAGCAAAGCGGAGGGUCACCAAGAUGAUUAUUGCGGUGGCCGUCCUCUUCUGCCUGUGCUGGCUGCCCCAUCACCUAGUGAUCUUGUGCUUCUGGUUUGGCUAUUUCCCCUUUAACCGGGCCACCUAUGCCUGCCGCUUGGCUUCCCAUUGCCUGUCCUACGCCAAUUCUUGCCUCAACCCAAUUGUCUACGCUCUCAUCUCCAAGCACUUCCGCAAGAGAUUCAAGCAGGUCUUCACCUGCCUCCUCAUCCAGGACAAGAACAAGAAGAAACGAGCAGGCAACAAGGUCCACGUAGCCAAUGUCAACAAUGGUCUAGCCAACCAUACGGCAGGCUUCUGUGGAGGGAACACUGAGGUAACCCAACUCCAUGAGGAAAAUAUCCGAUGCUACCAGGGCCUGUUGCUGAAAGAAACUGAAGGGGGUGUGCCUGAGGCAUGGUCUCAUCAGUUAGAAGACACGGCCAUCUCGGAUCAGAGAGAGCUAAUGAAUGGAGAAGGUUCUGGGGCAACUGACAACAAUCAACUGGCUGUGACAACACACGAGGGACUGUAACCUACUCAUUAUCCAUGGCAGAUUAUUUAAAUGGAGGGCAGUGCCUCUUAGCAUCACAGUCCUAUCGCCAUGAGCAUCAGAUGUGGAAUGGGUUGGUUCUAGUUGGCUUUUCUCAAAACACACAAACUACCCAGAAUUUCUCAGUGAGAAUGUCAACGUUUCCCAGCUGAGACUGCAUUUUAAUGGUUCCUUUUACACCCUGCCCUUGGGUAAUGGCUACAAAAACUAUUAAUGAAGCCACCAAAUGGUUGUAGAAAUAAGGGGUGCAUAGAGAUGUACCCAGCAGUGAAGGGAUGGUCAGUUGGGUCGGAGAAUUUGUUAAUGUCUCUUGACAAGAGU